AUGUAUUAUCCCUUCUCUGGUACAUGGACCCGUGGAGCUCCUCUGGCACCACACCCAGAGCUACCAGUUGCCGUCGCCCCGGAUGGUUUCCACCCCGUUCAGUUUUGUAGUGGUUACUGGCGAGAUUACUGCCCAGACCCAUAUAACUGUCCCUUUGGUGCUGUCUGGAUCCGAAACGACCACUUCGAUCUGAUCCACACUCGAGGCUCUACCUGUGGAACAAUCCUCACUGAAGGGGAGAUUCAAGAGGUUGCAGUACCUUUCACUUGCCUUCCUCAAGAAGUACCAAAGUAUACUUGCAUCCUCCCUCAAUAUUCCCGAGCGUUAAGGGAUACCGGUCCUCAUUACCCCCGCCCUUACGAAGCCCACCAUUUGGCCCCAUACCGUCGGCACCUCCAGCAUAGGGUGCCUACCAAGGUCAUUAUGCCAGCCUCGGAGCCUAGCACGCGUGCUGGGACUCCUGCCCCUUCAGUUUCGUCGUCGUCGUCAUCGUCUUCGUCGUCGUCUUCAUCUUCGUCUUCGUCUUCGCCGUCGGCCAAUGGUGACCCGGCCCCGCCUCAACGGAGACCCGUUCCAUUUAGAGACAUCACGGCUUCCCAGAUGAAUGUCGUGACGCUUGGGUCUGGUUCUGGAAAGCCAGAGAAAAAACGAGUGUCGCUGAUCCCCGGAUCAGUGUUGGCUCCCAAGCCGUCACCCCCGCCGCCCCCGCCGCCCCCUCCACCCCCCAAGCCACCGCAACCGAGAAAGCCCCCUGUUGCCCCGGGCCCCAUCGUAUGCAAAUGGAGUGACUGCUCGCAGGUCUUUACAGACCAACGUGCCGCUCUCGAGCAUAUCAAAACAGACCAUAUCAAGAGCCGCAAGUUCCCUGAUCACGACUUCACAUGCCGUAUACGUGGCUGCUCCUGUGAAGGCAAAGUCUUCGAGAAGAGAGACAAUAUUGUCUCUCAUGUUACCAACGUGGCCUUCGAUAUCAGGUAUGCUGUCUGUUGCUUCCAACCGUACGGUUGUACGAUUGCGCUGAAGCGGGAGUGGGAUCUCCCACGACACAAGAAAAUCUGUAAGUAUAGACCUGAUGGCUAUGUUACCGAAGUUGAGGAUGAGGAAGGGGAAGAGAGGUGUGGGAGGAAGAGGAAGAGGGGGAAGCAAGGUGUGCCGCCGAAAGGUGGCAAGAUUAGGAAGUUGUAA